CUGACGUCACCUGCGGACCGGAAGCAGUCAGGUGGAAUACCGGAAAUUCCUUUUGUUGAUGAUCGGUUAUUUUUGUUUUCGGCCUCUUUCUAUUAACUAAUAAUCAUUACCUGCUGUUCUUAUUCGUACUUAAUGUAUUGAAUCUUGCUAACAAAAGAGACUCGUGUUGGACUGGAGGGCUUCACGUAGACACUGAGUUAUAGUCUUAACUGCAGUCAGGCCCGAGGCUGGGCUAACGUUAGCCUAGCAUCUAGUGAAGCUAGGCUAGCAGCGGUAGCUUCUAUUAGCUAGCUGUCACUCUGAAAGUCAGCUGUUCAGUCACUUAACUCAUUAAUAAGAAUCAAUAACAACUCAUAAAACAUGGCAGUUAUCAACGACGGAGCCCUGAAGAAGAUGCUGAAGCAAUACAAAUACAGAGAUCUGACUGUUCGUGAGAUAACCAAUGUCAUCUCCCAGUACAAGGACUUGAAGCCUCUUAUGGAUGCUUAUGUGUUCAAUGAUGGCUCCACAAGAGACCUGAUGAGCUUGACAGGAACUGUCCCAGUGAGCUACAGAGGCAAUAUCUACAACAUCCCAGUGUGUCUGUGGUUGCUGGACACAUAUCCCUACAACCCUCCCAUAUGUUUUGUCAAACCUACCAGCGCCAUGAUGAUCAAAACUGGCAAGCACAUUGAUGCCAACGGCAAGAUCUACCUGCCUUAUCUACAUGAGUGGAAGCAUCCUCAGUCAGACCUGUAUGGUUUGAUUCAGGUGAUGAUCGUGGUUUUUGGAGAGGAGCCUCCUGUGUUUUCUCGCCCCACCACACAAGCCCCCUACCAAGCAUUCCAAGCAGCUGGACCCCCUAACCCUUCCUACAUGCCCGGCAUGCCUGCGGUCUCCCCCUAUGGCCCAAAUCCUAACCCUGGAGGCUAUCCAGGAUACCAGUACCCAGGGGGCAACUCUUACCCAGCCACUGCUGGACCUGCACACUACCCCACCCAGGCUCCAGUCUCCACAGUGGGCCCGAGCAGAGAUGGCACCAUUGGCGAGGACACCAUCCGUGCAUCUCUGAUUUCAGCUGUGAGCGACAAACUUCGCUGGAGAAUGAAGGAGGAGAUGGACAGAGCUCAGGCGGAGCUGGACGCCCUGAAGCGAACAGAGGAGGAUCUGAAGAAAGGACAUCAGAAACUGGAGGACAUGGUCUCAAAGCUGGACCAGGAAGUGUCUGAGGUUGACAGGAAUAUCGAGCUGCUGAAGAGAAAGGACGAGGAGCUGAGCGAGGCCUUGGAGAAGAUGGAGAACCAGUCAGAGAACAAUGACAUUGACGACGUCAUCGUGCCCACAGCUCCACUGUACAAACAGAUCCUGAACCUGUACGCUGAAGAAAACGCUAUUGAGGACACUAUCUUCUACCUGGGAGAGGCUCUCCGCAGGGGCGUCAUAGACCUCGAGGUUUUUCUUAAGCAUGUACGCCUUCUGUCCAGGAAGCAGUUCCAGCUUCGCGCUCUGAUGCAGAAAGCCCGCAAGACAGCCGGCCUUAGUGACCUCUACUGACCCACGCUGACUACCAGUAAAACAUUCAUAUCUUCAUGCUCUCUUACUCUCUCCUCUUCCUCCUCUGUUUUAUUCCCUUUUAAAUGUCUUCUUGUCCUCUUUUUUUUAAUCUCAAUAAAAUCUGUUCUUGUGAGACAGAAAUCUGAAUAGCAACAACAGAGAAUGAUUAAAAAUAUUCACGAAGAACUGGAGCGUCCUGUGUGGCCACAGUUCUCGUAGGACAUCGUUUGAAUUUUGAUCUGACCAAAUACUGCUUUGAGAUCAUUGUGCAUUAACAGUCAUGACCCAUUUGCGCCAAUAUUAAAUACAAACCACUGUGAACCACAUUGUGAACCACAUUGUGAACCAGGUACACUAAAACAAUGCUUAAUGCACAUGCCAUAUUGGUAAAAGUGAGGUGGGAGCCUAUUUUGUGUUUUUGGUGUAGCUGGGUUGGCGUCCAGUGAGUUAGUGUGUCAACCUGUGUAUGUUGCACUGCAGGGUAGCUCACGGGUUCUGUUCGCAAUCCCCUUUUGCCAGACAGUCAUUUGGCCUAGUAAGCACAAAUUUUUAGGGGCUAGUAGAGAGGGGUAUUGUAGAGAGAGCCCCAUAAAUCCACUCCCCUCAUUAUGAAAAGGUUAGGCUCUGAUAUAAAUACCCAGGGCAACCUUUCAGGAAGGACAGCCUCAGGAUUUAAUGCUGUAUGAGGUCUAGAUCAUGUUCAGUAGCCAUGGAGUCAAAGGGAUCUCUUUUCAUACGGUAGAGGUGAUGAUGAACAUUGACGUGAACUGUGUUUCUUCACUGUCUUGUUUGAGUCUUUUAAUGGGCUAAAUUUUGAGUUCCCCGAGCCACUUGACCACACUAUUAUUUUGUAUUUCCUGUUUCCCUUUGUCUCUUUCCAAGGGUGUGAGUGAGGUUCUUCGUGUCAGCUGCUCAGGUCUGCCCUCCAGUCUGACUGCAUUAACCAGUCAAUCAUGUACAGUGGUUGUUUUACUCUGUACAGUGUCUCUGUUAAGGUGGAUGAAGGUCUUUAUUCUAUUACAAAUGAAAUUCUGUUCUUUUUCUUUACUUUUCUGUUUUUCCUUGUGCUGUCCACUUAUUCUCAGUCCUGCUGAGAGGUUUAGGUUUUUCAGCAAAAAAUUAGGAAAAAGUUGUGAA